AUGGACGUGAUUUUUUUAAUUGAGUUGAAAGGGUGGAUAUAUGCGUUCAAAGACAACCAGAAGGUCGUAAAGUGUGAGGCGACAGGCAGCCAUGACGACGUUGACGGCAACAUUAACGAUCUAGAAGCUAAACCUCUCAUCAUUUCAAAGGGCAAGAAGCGUGCACGUGACACUGAUGAUACCAAAGCCACUCACAAGCGUCUAAAGGAAUCUGGGUCUUUGCAUGGCGACUCAGAUAUUACUGCUUCGUCGUCUUCCUCGACUGGCAUCAUCGAGCCGCCGAGUUACUUGUCAACAUCUGCCGCUGGCAGCUUCGACAUUACUGCUUUGUCGUCUUCCUCGACCAGCGUCAUCGAGUCGCUGAGUCACUCGUCAGCAUCUGCCGCUGCCAUCCGAAGACUGGAGCGGUUUCCCAAUGCUUCAGGAUGGCUUGGCAAUGUUUGGAAAUGUUCUAUGUCUACACAAUCUGAGGCUCGUCCUGUCGCAGUCAAAUCAGUUAGGAUCCCUCCCGGUGCGGAUGGAGAAUCAGUACAAAAAACAGGCAAUAGGAUUCGUCGCGAGGGAUACAUUUGGAUUCAAUUGUCGCACGGCAACAUUCUCCCCCUUGAGGGUGUUACCGAAGGAUUCGGGCCGCUUCCCGCAUUCGUCGCUCCUUGGAUGGAAAAUGGAACACUCAACGACUAUUUGAGACGGGAAGUUGGUCUUUCGAGAGAGAAGAAGUUAACCAUGGUAUGUGUUUCGUAUUUGAGGAGACAGGCUGAGUCCUUAUUUGAGCGGCCGGUCUUCAUGCACGAUAAGGAUAUUGUCCAUGGUGACAUGACUGAUACCAACAUCCUGGUCAGUGGUGAUGGGAGGCUAUAUCUUGCAGAUUUCUCUCUCUCGAUGAUUCUUGCAGAAUCGGACAACACUACAUUUAGCUCCUUUCACGGGGGCAAUAGCCGGUGGAUGCCUCCGGAGGCAAUUGUGCUGCUUGAGGGAAUGGAACAGCCAGAGAGCAAGCCAACCAAGGCCGGCGAUGUUUACGCAUAUGGCUGUAUUAUGAUGCGGGUAUUUUCUGGACAUCAACCUUAUCACCACGUGAAGGGGGGUGCUAUUGCCAUUAUGGGAGCAGUAUUACGGGGGGUCGAACCAUUCCCCCAGCUAACUGAUAUUGACGAAGGAAUUCAGCGGUUCGCACGACAAUGCUUGUUGAGGAAUAGCGAACACCGCCCAUUGAUUGCCCAGAUUGUGGAGUUCUUGUGGUCACAAACAAACAUCACGGAAACCACUAUCUCAGGAAGUGUGACUGCCAUGCGAAUAGCUUGGACGUCGUCGGUUGCGGUCAAGACUUUGAGGGAAGAUGUCAACAGUCAAAACGAUAUGGAAAAGAUAUGCAAUAGGAUUCGUCGUGAGAUGUUUGUUAGAAAAGGGUUGAGGCGCGACACCAUCCUUACCCUCUAUGGAAUGACGACGGGUUUUGGAGUUCUCCCCUCCUUUGUAUAUCCAUGGAUGGCAGGCGGUUCGUUGCAUGACUACCUGCAACGAGAGUACUCCAAUUUAUCUACGCAUCGGAAGCUCAAUAUUCUACUCGAGGUAGCGGAUGGUAUCAAAUAUUUGCACAAGAAGGAUAUUGCGCAUGGCAAUUUAACAGGCGACAACGUGCUCCUUGAUGGAUCGGGCCAUAUACGCAUCACAAACUUCAGUCACUCCAUGAUCCUUGCUGAAGCUAGUAGUUUGAUCUUCAGCGAGCAGCUCCUGGGAGAUGCGAGGUACAUUGCACCUGAGUUUAUUGUUCGUACGGGCCGGACUGGAGCACCAAAGCCAACCAAAGCCGGAGAUGUAUACUCGUAUGGCUGCGUCACUAUUCUGUAUUCUCCAGGUGUUGUCAGGAAAGGUGCCGUAUUGGUGGAUUUCCGAAGAGAGUCGGGUGCUUUCGGAGAAAGCAAAGGGCAUAGAGCCUUUUCGUUCAACCUUGGAGGUAUGAUCUUUGCAAAUUUUAUCUUGCGCACUCAACAGACCUUGAAUGCAAAGAUUGGCAAAGUGCACCUAAACUUGUUUGAAUUUUCGGUCCAACGGUCUGACCAAGAUUACCAUGAUGCCGGAGGAUUUGCAUAUGUUCAUAAGUGCAAGCUCAGUCGGAGAAACAUCUUUGCGAGCGUCCAACAAGUGGAUUCCCGCCGCCAGCUCUCCUCCAUGACAACCUCUGUUGACGUCGCAGUCAAAGCAAUAAUGUUGAGGAACGAUGUGGACAUAUUGAAAAUUAUUAAUCGAUUGUUCCGAGAGAUUAAGCUAUGGUUGAAACUUAAGCACAAGAAUAUUGUUCCUCUCUGGGGAGUUGCAGAUGGCUUUGGCUCCCUCCCUGCACUUGUCUCGCCAUGGUUGGAAAAUGGAGCGCUGACCGGAUACAUUCAGCGUCAGCACAAAAUGCUUUCUUACAACAGGAAGUUUGCACUGCUCGAAGACAUUGCUCAAGGACUUCAAUAUCUCCAUUCACAGUCAAUUGUCCAUGGCGACUUGAGCGGCAAUAAUGUUCUCGUUGACGAGAACGAAACAGCAAGCCUCACUGAUUUUGGUCUCUCUGCCUUCCUUCCUGACAGGACAAGUGAAGCUUUAUUGCCUACCAACCCUUCGUGCACCAUGCCGUACAUGGCGCCAGAAUACUUGACAACCGAUGAUAAAAUCAAUUUGUCACCGAAAAGUGAUGUGUACUCUUUCAGAGGAAUCAUGCUGGAGGCACGUGGUUAUAUUUUGUAUUAUCCAUUGAACCGACUCAUCUCCUUCUGCAGGUUCUGGAGGGCAAAGUCCCAUACCAUUACAUCCGCAACCAAGCGACCAUAA